AUGGCGGCCUCCGCCGCCUCGCAGCGGCCCAUCAAGGGGAUUCUGAAGAAUAAAAGCUCCACUGCUUCCUCUGUGGCGGCCUCCUCCCCACAGUCCGGAGGGAACAUCCAGGAAGUACAGAGAAAAAAGUCCCAAAAAUGGGAUGAAUCCAACAUCCUGGCAACACACCGUCCGGCCUACAGAGACUAUGACUUAAUGAAGAUAAACGAGCCCAGCAGCCCCCACUUCAGACUGGCCGCCAGUGGGACCUCGCAACGGAGCGGUCAGGUGGGGGAGCCCGACAGCGAUGGGGCACACAGUAGCAAGACCUUUUUCGACGCGCUGGAAAAGCAGCUGCAGUUUGAAAUGAAAAGGAAACUACACCACAACGAAGGCCUGAACAUCCAGCUGGCGAGACAACUCAUCUCCAACGACCUGCAGCACGAGAAAGACGAGGAUGACAACGAAGAAACAACACUUGGUGACAACGAAGACAACACUGCCCUGCAAGAAUCAUCGGAUGAAGUUUCUACAAGUGACGAACUGCAAACCCAGCCGUUCCACAGCUAG